AUGCGGUUGGCUAGAAGGUUGUUUGCUGCGGUCACAACGCGUAGGUACUAUGACAGCAUGAUUGAGAAUGAGCUUGACUCGGACGUCGAUGCAUCAGAGCAAGCCGAUGUUCUAGCACCUCUCUUUUCACAGCUUGACUUUCUGAAUAUGGAUGCCGUGUACAUACUAAACUUCUCUUUCUUCGAGCGUACCCUGCAUGAAGCAAGGGUUCCUACACUACUUCUUGAUUGGGCAAGGGCUGUGAUGCUCAACGAUUGGGACGGAAGCCCAGAAGUGCCUGGCGAUGGUCCAUUUGGCGGUGCCCUAGCGCUGAUUGAGGCUAUGUACAACAAACGCCAGGCUCUAUUAUUGGGAGACGCACAAUUCCGAGCCGAAUACUUUGCCGAGCGUCUCGAUGAGGUGGUGAUGCCUAUUGCUUGGUUGUCAUUCACGUCAACCAAACAAAAGUUUCAUCUCCUCGACUUCCCAUAUAUCUUCAACCCGUCGACUCUUGUGUCCUACUUCAGGUCCAUUAAUUUCUCGAGAAUGAGCCGCUCUUUUGAGGAAUCUAGCUCUCUAAAGAAUCGCAUGGAACACAUUAUCCAGCCUGGCAGCUUGAUUAUCAACAACCACCAUAAGAACGUGUUGCAAGAUCUUCUCCACACGGCUUCUUCCAAAUAUUUAAUCUUGGACAUCAGCCGCGAUAAUGUCAUCACAGACGCGUUUGACCAACUCUGGAGGCGCGAGGAACGGGAGCUUAUGCGACCUCUCAAAGUCCACUUGGGCGAGGAAGGUGGAGAAGAGGGCUUCGACUCCGGUGGUGUGCAACAAGAGUUCUUCAGGAUGGCCAUCGCAGAGGCUUUGGACCCCAAGUACGGUGCUUUCACUAUUGAUGAUCGGACUCGUAUGGUGUGGUUCCAACCUGGCUCUCUUGAAGCCGAGUGGAAAUUUGAGCUUGUGGGCCUGCUCAUCUCGCUGGCAGUCUACAACGGACUUACACUCCCUAUCACAUUUCCCAAGGCACUCUAUCGAAAGCUUCUCGGCGAGCCAGUCACUGAGCUGCAUCAUAUUGCGGACGGAUGGCCAGAUCUUGCUAGUGGCUUGACAACACUCCUGGAAUGGGACGAGAAAGAUGGCCUUGUGGAAGACGUUUUUGCGCGAACCUAUGAGUUCUCCGUCUCAAUGUUCGAUGAGCAUAUUUCACGAGAGAUGAACUCAGACAACCCGGAGUGGCCACAAUUCCCGAAGUCUGUUGCGGAAUCGUCUUCGAGCACAUCGCCUCUGUCUGCGGCCAACCCGCCUGAUGCACCUCUCGUCACAGGAGAGAACCGCAAUGCAUAUGUCUCGGACUAUAUUCACUAUCUGACGGACGUCAGUGUAAAACCUCAAUACGAGGCGUUCGCGCGUGGCUUCCGCACGUGCUUACACCCCAAAUCACUCACCCUGCUCACUUCAAACCUAUUACAAUCGAUCGUCGAAGGCGUGCAGGAUAUUGAUAUCGCCGACUUGCGGCGCUACACGCGCUAUGUCGGCUGGGACUCGACGCACCGGACGAUUAAGGACUUCUGGAGCAUUGUCAAGCGCUACGACGACCGCAUGAAGCGCAAGCUGCUCGAGUUUGUCACCGCCAGCGACCGAGUCCCUGUUGGUGGCAUGAAGAACCUACAGUUCGUGGUGCAACGUAAUGGUGAGGAGGGCGACGGCGGGCAUCUGCCGACCGCAUAUACCUGUUACGGCACCUUGUUGUUGCCGGAGUAUCACGAUAAGGAGAUUCUGAGGGAGCGCUUGUCCAUGGCACUAGAGAACGCGCAAGGAUUCGGAUUUGCUUAA